UCAUUUUUACUCACUACAGUUUUUAAUACCCAUGUCGUUUGCAUUGAGAGUUUAGAAUCUGCAACAUAGUGAAGUAAGGGAAGAGCAGAGGUUACCGAUCAUUCUUAGCAGCAACGUAAUCCAGAGUCUGCAAUUUAAAGGAUAUUUUUCAUAAAAAAUCAAAAUGGCCAAUCCACUGUUCAUGGCGGCUCCUGUCUGCCUCAUUGAGAAUACCCACAGCGGAGAAUUACUUAUAAACCCAGAGGCCUUAAGGAUUCUAAGUCAGAUCAAUGAGCCAGUAGUCGUAAUCACAAUUGUUGGAAUGUACCGCACUGGAAAGUCUUACCUCAUGAACAAACUGGCUGGCAGAAAAAAUGGUUUCUCCCUGGGUGCAACUGUUCAAGCCCAUACUAAAGGGAUUUGGAUGUGGUGUGUUCCACACCCUCACAAACAAAAUCAUACACUUAUUCUGCUGGACACAGAGGGACUCGGAGAUGUGGAGAAGGGUGAUCAGAAGAAUGACUGCUGGAUUUUUGCCCUCGCUGUCCUCCUGAGCAGCACUUUUGUGUACAACAGUAUGGGUACCAUUGACCAUUAUGCACUGGAAAAGUUGCAUUAUGUCUCUGAGUUGACAGAUCUUAUUAAAGUAAAAGCUACAAAAAGUUUGGAAGAAGAAGAUAAAGAAGAGGAAGAAGAUAUAGAGUAUGUUCGUUUUUUCCCAAACUUUGUGUGGGUGGUCCGUGACUUCACACUAGAACUCAUUAUCGAGGAUCAGCCUGUCACUGAGGAUGAGUACUUGGAGUAUGCCCUUAAACUGAAGAAAGGCAACAACAAGCAGGCAAUGAUGUACAAUCUUCCAAGACUAUGUAUCAGAAACUUCUUUCCAUCUCGGAAAUGUUUUGUUUUUGUACGCCCAGUUGUAGGAGAAGACAUAAACAAAAUUGAAUCCUUGCCAGAGAAUGACUUGGACCCUAAAUUCCUCCACGAGACCCUGAGGUUCUGUGACUUUGUUUAUAGACAGUCUGAAGUGAAAACCAUCAAAGGAGGCCAUCACCUUAAUGGAAGAAUGUUUGGCACUUUAGCACAGACAUAUGUGGAGACUAUCCGCAGUGGAGCAGUACCAUGUUUAGAGAAUGCUGUAAUCUCCAUGGCAACAAUAGAAAAUGAAAGUGCUGUAAAGGAAGCCAUGGCCUAUUAUCAAUCAUCUAUGGUAAAAUUGGCCCCUUUCCCUAUGGAAGCAGAAGAAUUUUCCCAAAUGCAUGGCAGAUGUGAAAAGGAAGCUCUUGAGAUUUUCAUGAAGCGCUCCUUCAAGGAUGAAGACCACCAGUAUCAACAGCAGCUCAUGGAAGGAAUAAUCCAGAGCUACCAUGAAUUCCUUGAAAGAAAUGAAAACAGUUCCGUGAUGACUUGUCAUGGUAUUCUAAAGGAAUUGUCUGCGAAAAUGGAGCACAAUUUGGAGCUAGGAUAUUAUUCUAAACCUGGUGGCUACCAGCUUUAUAAGGAAGAUCGUGAUGUGCUGGUCCAAGCAUUCCAACAAAAACCCAGAAAAGGAGUGAAGGCCCAAGAAGUGCUAGACAAAUUUUUGGAACAAAAGAAGGUAGAAGCAGAAACUAUUCUACAAGCAGACAAAAAGCUUACAGAUUCUGACAAACAACUAGCUGCUGAAAAGGAGCGAGCAGUGCUGAUGGAACAACAGAAGGCAGCUGAGGAAGAGAAGAGAAUUCACGUGGAGCAGCAGCUUAAGGAUCAAGAGCGCAGUCACCAGGAGAACAUGGUCCAAAUGAAAGAGAAGAUGAAUGCAGAGGUGGAGUCCAUUAAGAAGGAAGCUGAGAAAGCACUGAAUUGCAAGCUGAAGGAGCAGGAAGAACUGCUAAACAAGGGCUUCAUAGAGAAAGCCAGACUAAUGGAGGAAGAGAUUGAGGGUCUGAAGAAGGAAAUCAAUCUACAGAAAAUUCAUGACCUUGCAGUAUUAUACGGAAAAUUACUAGGUUUUGCAUUGGUCACUUUACGUGAUAGCUCUGAUAAUCAAGACAAAAAAAAUAUGAACCAGUCUCAGCAAAAACAGAGACAAAAAUGAUUUAUGUAAUUAUUACACAGACAAUAAUAAAUGUUCACUAAGAAAAUACCACACGUUACUCAGUUUAAACAGGGUCACUGAGAAUGUCAAGGGUAGCCAUUAAGUUAAAGUAACCGUCACUGUUAGUUAUGCCUGCUGUUUAUUGCAUGUUCAUAGACUGCAAACAAACUGAUUCCACUCAUUUGCAGUCUGAUAUUUUGUAUAACCAGAAUAGCCAGCAACUGCACUCAGAGUUGAGCUGCAGCAGUGGAAGGUUCAUAUAAAUUAUGCAAAGACUUUAGCAAGCCCAUUCAGGCAUUUAAUGCCUUGCUGUUAUAAGGUUAAGUGCCAUUGCAGGUAAUCAAAGAUUACUGUGGAUUUGCAAGAUGAACCAUUUAAUUAAAGAAAAUGUAUUACAUUAUGGAUAAAGACUAUCAACUGAAUACAUGUAAAUUCCUAAUAGUCCACAUAUAAGGAAUGGCAUUUAAAAAUUAAUAAAUAAGUUGCUAAAGUUA